AUUUUGCGUUUGGCAUUCAGAGUUCGCGCGUACAAUUUUGUCAGCAGCAGCCGCGGCUGCUCGUGUCGAAAAGUAGGAAUCAGUUAAAUUAAAAUUAAGGUUCAAAAACUGUGUUCAGUUUGAUUUUGCAAACGAAAGGUUUAUGAAGAGGCUUGGGCGCUGGGGUCGUGAAUAAUGUUGGCACAGGAGAUUGCACCCACGGAAAUCGGCAAACACGCAAACAUUAUCAGAGCUGCCCAAGAGGAACUGGCAAACAUGGACGUUCUUGUGUGCGGACGCUGUCUGAGGGCCUACAACUUUGUGGAAGAGUUCCAGGCCCACAAAGAGGAUGCCUGCGAGAAGGAGAACGCCAAUCUUAAGGAGACGCUUGACACCAAGCCCACCAUUUGGGCCUUCACGCUGUGGAAAGCCACACAGCUGCACACGCGCAAGGACGCCAACUCUGCCAACUCCUGGGCUCUUUACCAGCACUGGGUAAAACUGGAGGAAAGUGUUCGGGAGCCAUGGAUCGUUGCCGGAAAGACCAUACAGUCCUUCGGCAAGAUUGCACACGGACAGCUCCAGGACAUGCCGGUGCGCAUUACCAAGACGGUGGUUAAUCCAACCAAUAACAACACGUCUAACAGCAACAACAACACGAGCGUUUCCCCCACCAGAAAAUCCCCGGCCGGCAAGCUGCCCACACUGGCCAAUCAGCUUAAGGACACCGAAAACGAAAGGCCCAAGUCCAAGCCGGGAACCCCCACGCUUCCCUCAGCGCCUUCUGCCGGAACAGUCAAGCCCAACAACCGCAUUGCCAUUCGGAUCGAUUCCAAGACAGAACAGCGCACCGAAGAGCCAGUGGAGAAGAUAGUGGCCAAGCGUUUCAACCCGCGCCGCAAGACCCACGAGUAUUUGGUAAAGUGGGUGGAUCGCUCGCACCAUGAAAACACCUGGGAAGUGAUGGCCAAUCUUGAGCGGGUGCCGUACUUCCUGCAGAUGUUCGAGAAGCAACUUGCCCGACAGAAGCUUACUCGGGAAAAGGGUUUGGACGCCUUAAAACGCACUCAGCCGCCAGGGUCAUCCGCGAAGGGCGAAACCGUCGCUCCCCUCAGCCCGAUCUCGACGCCAUCCCAAGUUUCGCCAUCAUCUCGACCCUCACGCACUUCCAAAACCAAGGCCAUGGACUCGUUCAAGCAGUGGGUCAAUGAAACUGGUGGCGGUGAUGGUUCCUCAUCGCCUUCCUCUGCCAACGAGGAUGAAUCCGCAACGGAACAAGAGUGGCCCCCGUCUACGGGUCCGGUCAAGCGCAAGCUCAACCACACGGACUCCAGCCUCGAGGGCAGCGGCCUAAACGACUCGAUGGAACUAGAGGAUCUUGAAGAGGAUCUGCCAUCACACACUGUGAAGCGUCUAAAAAACGGAGGAAGCUCCGUGCAGCUGAACAAGCCACGGGUUCAGCCCACGGAAAAGCAGCAGACUAAAGUCAAUGGCAACUCCGCCGCCGUGUCCGCAACGGAGCAAAAAAUGGGUGAGAUUAUCUACACGGAGGACAGCACGAGUUCGGGCAUGUUCCGCAAACCUGAGAUGCCCAACACCAUACACCUGAAAAAGGAGAAGCCGGAAUGUCCCGUGCGGUACCUAACGCGCUCCGAGGUGGGUAGCAGCACGAGAGGUGUCUUUCGGGUUGAGCAUUCUGAGGUACCGGCCCCCGUUUCACCAGCAGCCAUGGCGCCCCAGAAAAUCAACGCCGCGCCUGUAACCACAGGCGUAGCCAAGCGCCUUCCAGUGGCCCGGCCUGCUCACUCCGGUACCAGCUCGCCCAUCACUGUUGGUCAGAGACAACAGGUUCUGCGCACCCCAGGCCAGGGCCCCACAACAGCAGCAGUUCAACGUCGUCCUGUACUGGGUACCACACACACACAGGUGCGCCAGAGCAUGCAGCAGGCGCCGGGCCGAGCUCACCCGGGUGGCCGAGUCCUAGCACGCGCCGGUGUUGGAACGCCGCAACAACGCCAACAGGGCGCCAAGGCAGUGACGCCUGAGCAAAAGAUUUUACAGCUUUCCAAGUCGGGCGACUUGAAAGUUACACGUAAGGUGGUGACCCGUGAAGAGCUGCUAGCCCAGCGUUCUGCCCAGGCUCGCCAGCGUCAGGUUCUGGCCCAGCAGCAGCAAUCCACCCAAAUGCAGAAAGUGACUCCUGGACGACAGCGGAUAACUCCCAAGCCAGCGCUUCAGCCAACGCCGCUGCAGAUGGAGCUGGAGGAAGAGGUUAAUCAGCACCAGGCUCAGCUGUGUCCAAUCACCGGCAAGCUUAUCGGUCAGGAGGAGACUCAGCUGCAAAUGGAACAGGAACAGCAGCAAGAGCAACAACGCGAGCAGUUGGAGGCCGCGGCACAGGCCCUCCUGGGUAGCGAUCAACAAGUUCUUACAAACGAGGACGGCUCGGCCUUGCUGGUGCGUGGCGAGGACGGGACUGUCUACCAGGUGGCUGGAAAAAAUGCAGAGGGCCAAACCAUACUUGUCACCCAGGGCCCGGAUGGCGAGCAGCAAUUUGCGUACGUGGCUGCAGCAGAGGGAGAAGACCAAGAUGUUCUCUCCCUUGACCACGCAGUUGCCGAAGCCGUUCAGGCCGGAGAACAGGUUGAGUCGCAUGGUGUCGCAGCAGCGACGGCGGACGGCGAGCAGAUUCUUGUGUCCAUGACAGAGGAGGAACUAGCACAACACCAGGUGCUUCAACAAGCAGAGGCUUCUGCAGCAGGCACCGGAACACCGGCAACGGCCCAGAUCCAUAUCACGACCUCUGACAGCGAUGGCACGGAGGCACAGAUACCGGCCGAGGUGGUGCAGGCAGAUCUGCCUUCCCCGGGUGGUACCCGUCGCGUUGUUUUAUUGCUACAGGAUGGCACCUUCAUGAUGACUGAGAUGCACGAAGAACAGUUCAAGACGCUCAACAUCCCGACGUAAAAAUAUGUUAAUAGUAUCUAAACCUAGAUUAUAUAUAUAUAAGGCGUAGUCCAUAAGCCGAUAAUAUUGAAAGAACCUGACGUCGCUAGGUUACUCCCACCUUCAGUUCCGUUUAGCCUUAGCAUUUCCACACUGUAGGCAGCAAUUAUGCAUGACCAAUGACUCAGGGCCGUGUUUGCCAGUGGUUUUAAAAUCAUUAUUUUGUUAAGAUCAUAACCGGGAACCAUUGUAGAUUACAAAGCUGAUCUAGCCAAACAUAAUGGUGCGUCAAAAAAAAAGCAGAGAGCGAUGAAAUAAACUAUGCGAAUACCUAAAU